UGUUCUCAUUGACAGUAAAGCAGAGUUGAAGUUCACCAGUCCAACAUAGACUCUGAGAACAGCAAGGUUAACUUCUGUUACCAGCAAGAGUUUCGGUAAACCAGAACUACAGAACACAGCUUUCCUAAGAACAUCCACAAAGAAGAAAGAAGGAAAAUGGCAAAUUCGACUGGUGGCGCUACCACAGGGACAACAACAAAUGUUUCUUAUCUGCUGCUGGGCGCUCUGGCAGAGCUGGUUUCAGAAGAGCUGGAGAUCUUUCAGUGGAACCUGAAUCAUGGUGUGGAGGGCUUUACUUCAAUCCCACGGGGCCAGCUGGAGAACGCUAACAGACUGGUCACAGUGAAUAGGAUGGUGCAGCAAUACCAUGAGGACGGCGCUGUGAAGAUCACACUGGAGAUCCUGGGGAAGAUGGGCCAGAACAAACUGGCUCAUGAGUUAGAGAAGAAGUUCACAAACAAUGUCUGAAUUGAUUGUCCAGGGGGACAAGGGUGGUCUGUCAGUCACUGGGACCACAAUCCAACCUGGGAUGGGGGGAGGUUUUAGCGGGUGGAUGAGUGGAGAACAUUUGUAGGUUUACUCAGUAGCAGUGUAAAUACCAUGGUACAGCUAUAUUUCUCCCAUUGGCAAAGAAACUCAAAAAGGGUGAUAUUAAUUAACAAUUUUGAUCCGAAUGGACUAAUUGUUCAAACAGAUCCACAAGGUAGAUGGAUUCCUUUAAAUAUGUUAUUGGACCAUAAACAGAUUUGGCUCAUUAAUCUAUAUGGUCGAAAUAAUGAUGAUCCACACUUCUUUGAAAAUACAUUACCGUUCAAAAGUUUGGGGUCACUUAGAAAUGU